AUGCUCAACAGCGAGCUGCAUCGGAAGGCAGUGCUGCAGCUGUACAGAAGCCUGACACGCGGAGCCCAGCAUCUUCCGUUGCUUCUGUCUCCCCGGCAGAAGAAUCUGGUGCACACUUUUCGAACCCAGCUGAAGCAGCAGUUUCGAAAAGAAGCGCCGGUGGCGCGGGAUUUCCAGCGGGCGCACAGGGCCAUCUCGACGGCGCUGGAAUGGGACGCGCUGCUGUGUCGGGCGUUUGAAGACCCCGACUCCGUGGCUCCGCUGGUUGAUAAGAUCUCACAGGAACAGGUACGGAUCAAGGACGAACGACACAAGCAGAAAGUCGACAACCAUCUCCAGCAGCAGUUUGAGCGGGCGGAAAACAACCAGAACGCCAAGUUUCCCGACUUUGUCGAGUCGUACCGCAAGAAGGUGCUUACCAAGGCCGAAAGCGUUCCAAUUUCCCCGGAGGAACAACAGCAUAGAGAGACGCAACGUCUUCAUACGGUGCUUCUGAAGCGGCUCAAGAGCCGGAUCCCCCAGCGAACAGGCAGAUCGCAACAGCUCUUCACUCAAUGCGUGCUGCUGGCCAACAGAAACCACCAGAGAGACGUCUACAAGCACACUCUGAAACUGAAGCGUCGAGAAGGAGGCGAAAUCGUCAGAGACCAAAAGGGAAGCAACAUUCCGCAGCUCGUGUUCCAUCGCCCGCGACACAGACUGGCCCCACAGAGCUGGGAGUUUGGCCGGAUCAUUUCUGUGCUGUACAAGCGCCACAAUAACCUCAUUGUCCGGAUCAAGGAUCUGGAAAAGGAACUGGAGCAUCUCGGCAAGGAGAUCCGAGCCAAGCUCCGCAAAAACAUGGACCCCAAGAGCGAAGUCAUGAAGACGCUGUUUGCCAAAAACGCCGACGUCAAGUCGAGGCUGCGGUUGGCUUCAGACAAGGUCAACCACAUGAAGAAGAUGCUGGCCAGUGAGUACCCCAUCACAAUGCGGCGAAUCAAGCAGUACCAGAAGGUGGUGGAUCGAAAGCAUCCCGAGCUCAUUCACAAGGCCCGGGUUAAACAUGCGCAAAUGAGAGCCGAUAGCAAUCUGGGAAGACUGUAUCGGUGA